AUGCACCCUUCACCGUGUACCCUUCACCCUGCACCCUUCACCCUUCACCCUGCACCCUGUACCCUGCACCCUUCACCCUGCACCCUGUACCCGGUACCCUUCACCCUGCACCCUGUAACCGGCACCCUGCACCCUUCACUCUGUACCCUUCACCCUGUACCCUUCACCCUGCACCCUUUACCCUUCACCCUGCACCCUGUACCUUCACCUGGCACCCUUCACCCUUCACCCUGCACCCUGCACCCUCCACCCUUCACCUUGCACCCUGUAACCGGCACCCUGCACCCUUCACAAUUCACCAUGCAUCCUGUACCCUGCACCCUGCACCCUGUACCCUUCACCCUGCACCCUUCACAAUUCACCAUGCAUCCUGUACCCUGCACCCUGCACCCUGUACCCUUCACCCUGCACCCUGCACCCUGCACCCUUCACCCUGCACCCUGUACCCUUCACCCUGCACCCUUUACCCUUCACCCUGCACCUUGUAGCUUCACCUGGCACCCUGCACCCUGCAUCCUGUACCCUUCAUCCUUCACCCUGCACCCUUCACCCUUCACCAUGCAUCCGGUACCCUGCACCCUGCAACCUGUACCCUUCACCCUGCACCCUUUACUCUUCACCCUGCACCUUGUACCUUCACCUGGCACCCUUCACCCUGCACCCUGCACCCUGUACCCUCCACCCUUCACCCUUCACCCUGCACCUUGUACCCUUCACCCUGCACCCUGUACCUUCACCUGGCACCCUGCACCCUGCACCCUUCACCCUGCACCCUGCACCUUUCACCCUUAA